CGCGAUGUUCCAACAUGGCGGGUUAAAAAUAUUGUUUACACUGAAGAAAAGGAAAACAAUUCAGCGCAAACAUGGUUAUGACCAAGUCAGAAGCGCUGCAAGUCCUUGAACUGGACCAAGGUUGCACUGCAGAGAAUGUCAGAUCGAGUUACAAAAGGCUUGCUUUGAAAUGGCAUCCUGAUAAACACAAUAACAGCGCAGAAUCAACCAAGAAAUUUCAAGAAAUCUCAGAAGCUUACAAAAGACUGACAAGCAAAGAGGAUGAUGAUGACAUCAGAAUCUCAAUGGCUGAUAUGUUUGACUUGUUUGCCCAUAUUUUCUUCAGCAACAGUGGCUAUUUCGUCAAUGAUCAUCUAUUCUAUUCCGAUGAUGACGACGAUGAUGAUGACGAUGAUGAUGAUUAUAUGAUGAGUGAUACCGAUUCUUCCGAUGAAGAUGUCCCUGUGUACAGAACACGUCAACACCACGGAAAAUACUCAGAUUUAAUGGCGAGCAGAGUUAGUCGGGCCGCUGCAACCGCCUAUAAAAAUGAGAUGAAAAAAAAGAAAGCUCAGGUCCGCACCGGAAUAUCAGAAGCUGAAGCGAUGAAAAAUGCUGAAGAACUAAUAAAAGAAGAAGAAAAAUUAAAGAAAAAAGCAGAAAAGAAAAAAGCUAGAAAAAGGAGAAAUCGUGCGAAUAGGAAGCAAAGAGAAAAAGAACUGAAGGCUGACAGUCAAGAGGCUGAAAGCGGCAAUGCACCAGAGGAGAACGGAACGGGGAAUACGAACAGGGAGACUGGAAACAGUUCGAAAGAAAAUAAGUUCGCUACGAAGAAUGAACACAGCUCAAAUGCGAACAGCAAUAAAAAUAAAAAAUCUACUUUAGAAAAACCGCGGGAAGACGAGGAUUCCGACAACGAACGUGCACACGACGAGACGUGGGAUACCUCAAGCGCGUUCUUCAACCAUGCAGCACGACGUGGUCCUGUAAAUACAACCGAUCAUAAUAAUGCGAGCAAUGAGACAACAACUUCAGACACAUCUGUAAAUAGACACGAAUACAACAAUAUCCAGCACACUCGGGAAGAACGGCAACGACAAGAACAGUCUGAGAAAGAUAGCCUCGUGGAACAGAGUCGACACUUAGCUGCUAUCGGAAAUAACGAGGCGAACGCGGGAAAUUACGUCGAAGCAAUCGAAUAUUUUACGAGAGCAAUUUCAAUACAUAAUCGGGAUUUCAGAUUUUUCGGGAAUCGUUCAUAUUGCUACGAUCGUUUGGGAGACUAUUCUAAAGCACUUCAGGAUGCCGAAGUUACGAUUUUGCUGGUACCUCACUGGGCUAAAGGUUAUUUCAGAAAAGGUCGUGCCUUAGCCGGACUCAAGCAACACGCGGAUGCUGAGAAAGCGUUUCUACAAGUACUGAAACUUGACAAACAUUGCGAAGAUGCGAAAUUCGAGUUAACUAGAGUACGUGUGCAGCAACUAAAAGAUAUGGGUUUUGGGCAUGCUCAGAGUGAACGCGCUGUACGGCUUUAUGGGACGGUCCACGCUGCUCUAGACGCUCUUUUGUCUGGCAAAGUAAAAAAUCUAUCCGCAAACGAAGAUGAAGUCUACGUAUCUGAUGGUGAAGUCGAAGAUCAAGAAAAUGAUUCAAGGCAAAGAUUCUCUGAGCCAAUGGCUUCACUUUGGGUCGGAAAUAUUGAUGCAAAACAAGUGACGGAACGACAGCUCACUCAACUAUUUUCAAAAUUCGGUUCAAUAACUCUAAUACGGAUUUUACCGCAAAGUUUUUGCGCUUUUGUAAAUUACGAGAAUAAAGACAGUGCUACGAGGGCUAUGCAGUCGCUUCAGGGUUUUGCGUUAGGUGGGCAAAAUAUAAGAAUACGUUACCAAGGAAACGACAAAUCUAAAAACGCGGAAAAUUUGAGCAAACCAACUGGGCCUGUAAAUGGCAACGAAUGCUACUUCUGGCGAACAACUGGCUGUGCUUACGGCGACAACUGUCGCUACAUACAUGUACCUAGCAAUAAAGGAAUUGACAUUGAUAAGGUCGAACAAAAAUACGGGAAAAUAAAGACGACGAAGAAGGGCAGAUGACCCGGAAAUGUGGUUUUAUUUGCCGUGAAUUUGAGGAGAAAAUAUCUGGAAAUGCGUCGCGGAAGACUCAAGCACGCUUUGUGUUUCAGUUUAUAUAUAAAUGUAUAUGGUUUAUAUUAUAUGACAUUAAUUUAUAAAAUGAAAUUUUCCCGCCAGGGAAAGACAUGGUAUUUUGUUUUGUAAAAUUCAAAGAAAUGUUUACGUUGAGAAGUAAUGAUAUUAAAACA